AUGGAAUCGUGCAUCGUUGCCCCGGUUCUGGCGUUUGACGGAUGGCUUCAAACCGGCAACGCCUUCCCGGGUGGGAAGGUUGAGGGCGGCAGAUGGUUGGCUGGGACAGGGGCCUCGCUCAUCAUGCAUGAAGAAGCCGAGUCGCCGAAUGGCGGCUGGGUUGAGGCAGAAACUGCACGAGGUCUCCCGCAUCUGAGCUGGAGCAGCGAGAGCCAAGGCCCGACGAUGCGCUGGAUUAGCUACGAUCUGAGAGUUCGAUUCGAUUCGGCUCCAGGCCAGGGCGGCAGCUGUGGCUCAUUUGAGGCUGGCAAAUGGAAGACGUGA